AUGAAACUGAAUGAUCAUACCGAUUGUUCCAUACACAAAUUACCCAAGUCUGUGCUUAACUUCUUACAAUCGCAAAUCACUAUAAGCUCUUUCGAAGCAGCAAUAAGAGAGUUAUUACAAAAUAGUUUAGAUGCUGAUGCCAAUCAAGUGAAAAUGAAGCUAGAUCUUCGAUCAUUGAGCAUAUGUAUUGAAGACAAUGGAUGUGGAAUGCGUUAUGAGGAAUUGGAUAAAGUUGGUAAAAGGUAUUUUACUUCGAAAAUUGAUCUGCUAGAAGAAUUGAAGUAUAAUAAAACAUUUGGCUUCAGGGGUGAAGCUCUACAUUCUAUUGGUAAUAUUUCCCAUCUAUCUAUAAUAUCAAAACAUGAAUCGAAUUCACAAGCCUUCAAAUUGAAGGAAGUAAAGGGAAAUCUACUUCCAAAUGUUUAUAAAUUUGAAGAGGAAUCUUAUAACUACCUUGAGGAUCAUUUCAAGUUUGGUUCCUUUCUGCAAAGUGGAACUAUUAUAACAGCCACAAAUGUUUUUGCAAAUAUACCGGUUAGAAGAAAUCAGAUAUUUAAGCUACCGGAACAUAAAUUAAUCGAAAAUAUUAAAUUAGUGAUACUCCAAUCAUUAAUGGGUAGAGCUAAUGCUAAAGUGAUACUCAUGAAGCUUGAUGUACCAUCCAAUACUUUUCAGAAAAUAAUCUCAGUCGAAAGAAAUCUUGAAUCUGAUUUACAAGCUCGUUAUGCAACAAUUUUUACGUCAAUAUAUGGUCAGUCUCUUUUAUCAGAGUAUGAAAUUUUAGAAGCCAAUUAUCAAAACUAUAGAUUAGAUGGUAUUAUCGGUUUAUAUCCAUCCCAGUCCAAAGAGUUUCAAUACAUUUUUAUUAAUAAGAGACCACUAUUAAUUUCUAAUGAAGAUUCUAAACAUCUAAACAAAAUAUUCAUUGGUACUAAUUUUGGAGGAGUCCUAAAGUCUGCUAAAUCCAACAAGAAUGUAUCUCCUAAAGUUUCUCCUAGAAAACAAUAUACUAGCAAAUCAUUUUCACGUUUUCCAGUAUUUAUUGUAAACAUUCAAUGUCCUGUUAUAGUUGAAGAUCUUUUUCAAGACCCAUCUAAAGGCAUUUAUUAUUCGGAUCAUUUGAAACUUAUACUAAGUAUGGUUCGUAAUGUAUUCUCGAGUUUUCUAAAGUCCCAAGGUUACGAAUACAUUACAAAAGAUUUGUCAGCUUCCCCAAGCCCAAGUCCAAGUCCCAAGCGUCAAAAAAAAGACAAAUAUCCUUUGAAGCAGAAUGCUUCUUUGAUAACGACCCUUAACUCAAGCUCUGCAAGAAACUUUUUGAAACCUAUCGUAUAUACUCAUGAUAUUGCUACACCAAAGCCUUUUACUGACAAUAUAUUACGCACAAAUAUUCAGAACCCUUCAAUAAAUGAUUCUCAACGCAUGUUCAACACUGAGAAUAAGUCAAAUCAAAGCAUGAUACAUUCUGAAGUUGAAAAUCAUGAUCUUCAAGAAACAAACAUUAAUAAGGGUGAUCUCAUAAAUGGCAACUAUCGGAUAAUAAGACAACUUGAUAGAAAAUUUAUGUUACUUGUAAUGCCAUCAACUGAUAAGGCAAGUCACACCAAGUUCCCAACGCUUAUAGCAGUUGAUCAGCAUGCAUGUGAUGAGAGAAUAAGAGUUGAAUCAUUAUUGAAAGAAUUUAUUUUGAUGUUGCUCAACAAAUCUUUGGAUAUUGAGUUAGAUAAGCCGUUUAUAUUUUCUGUUUCUAACAGGGAAACUACUUUAUUUAAAUCGUAUCUGUUGAACUUUGAAUCUUUAGGCAUCAAGUAUGUCAUCAAUAAAGAGUAUGAGCUCUUCAUUACCCACCUACCACACAUUUUGAUUGAAAAGGUUGGCACUGACGCAGAUUUUUUAAAAUCAUGUCUACUUCAACACCUAUUUGAUUUGGAAUAUAAUAAGAAAAAAGUGGAUAUUUCAAAUUUAACACCGGAAAACUGGUUUCAGAACAUUGUUCAAAUGCCACAAGUAAUCAUAGACUCUAUAAAUUCAAAAGCAUGCAGAUCUGCGAUAAUGUUUGGUGAUAAAUUGACUAUUGAAGAAAUGCUGUACUUAAUUAAAUCAUUAAGUACUUGUCAUCAACCUUUUCAAUGUGCGCACGGAAGACCUUCAAUGGUCCCAUUGGCUAACAUAAGCUAA